AUGGAUUAAAGCUAAGCAGCUCCAUUUCGCAGCACCACCUGAUCUUCCACUGCCUGUGCCCCAUAUAAAGGCUGGCGUGAUUGCUGAUCUCAGCUAGUCUGACAGUCUCUCUCUCCCUCCUCUCUCUGUCUGUCUCCAUCUCUUCUCUUCCUCACUGGUCCCUUAAGCCUGCCGCAUCACAGGAGCUAUCCAGUGCUGAACAGGAUCGCUUUUAUUUUUUAUUUUUUUUAUUUUUCUGGGGGAAGCUGGGGGAGCCAGAGAGUAUCACACAGCAUCGCCGUCAGCCUUGUUCACCACUGGUUUCCAUUUUCUUUCUUAUCUUAUGUUAUUUUUUUUUUGGGACGCCGUCUUCGCAUUAACCCGAAAGGAUUACCGUCAAGCCAGCUCUACUCGUGUGCUUCCUCAGAGGGUCCUUUAUUUUCUCUCAUGCGUUUUUCUCAGCUCUGUGUUUUUAUCCAUUGAAACAUGCCCCGCUCAUUUUUGGUGAAGAAGAUCAAGCUGGAUGAUUUCUCUUCGUCCAAUGUGGCCACCUCCAAUCAUCAUCACCACCUGGACGACUCGUUCACUUUUGCACGCUCCAUCACAGACUCGGUGACCAGCCUUGGGGUUCGUCUCAGUGAGAAUGGCUACAUCCAGGAUUACAUCACGCCAUCUGUAUACCAGGAGGAGAAGAAGAUGGAGCACAAGCUGGCUUCGCCGGUGUCAGAUCCGCUCUACACCCAGGUGAGCAGCGGAGGGGAGUACUGUGACCCCGACCUGAAACAACCCGACAGCCCCCAGUCCGGCAUGACAGCCAGCGGCUUCUACAGUGGUGAAUCGGAGGCCCUGGCCGAGGGUUACACCAUGGAUGCCUUCUUCAUCUCUGAUGGGCGCUCGAGAAGGAAGGGAGACGUCGAGAGUCACGCAGGGGGUUCAAGAAGCAGCAGCGCCAACGCUCACGAGAGGGGAACCGGUGCUCGCCACACCUGCAAUGAGUGCGGCAAGACGUACGCCACGUCCUCCAACCUCAGCAGACACAAGCAGACGCACCGCAGUCUGGACAGCAAGAUGGCCCGCAAGUGUCCCACCUGUAAUAAAGUGUAUGUGUCCAUGCCGGCAUUGGCCAUGCACAUCCUCACCCACGACCUCAAGCACAAGUGCGACGUGUGCAGCAAGGCCUUCAGCCGGCCGUGGCUCCUUCAAGGUCACAUGCGCUCGCAUACGGGGGAGAAGCCCUUUGCCUGCGCACACUGUGGCAAAGCCUUUGCUGACCGUUCAAACCUCCGCGCCCACAUGCAAACACACUCUGCCUUCAAGCACUACAGAUGCAAGCGCUGCAAUAAGACCUUCGCUCUCAAGUCCUACCUGAACAAGCACUAUGAGUCAGCUUGCUUCAAAGGUUCUGCAGACGAAGACGACUCUGGAUCAGAAAAAUAA